CCCUCCUGACGUCGGCGGCCGCGGGGAUAAGAGGCGCCCCGAGGUCCGAGGCCGGACUCUGCCGGCGCGCACCCCAGGCAAGCGCGGGUUCCCAGCUCGGAGCUGCCGAGGCACCGCGUCCCCUUCCCCGCGCGUCCAGUGCGCUCCGCCGGCCCGGGCGCCGCCGGGCAUGGAGUAGCGAGCGGGGCGCGCGGCUCUGGGGCGCGCGGACAGACGCCGGGACAGACGCCAGAGGACGCCCGCGGCUCCGGGGCGCGGGGACAGCGAGCCGAGCUCCGGGAGCGCGUCGGAUCCGCCCAGCCUGGCCGAGCGCAGGAUGCGCGGACCCGGGCGUCCUCUCCUCCUGGGGCUGCUGCUCGUGCUGGGGGCGGCGGGGCCCGGCCGGGGGAUCGCGGAGACCCGGGAGGCCGCGGACAGGCAGACGCUGCUGCAACUCAUCGUGGAGAUCGUCCAGGAGCUCAGGAAGUACCACUCGGGGGAGUCCAAGAGGCUGCAGCUCUCGGGCCGGCAGGACUACACCCUGGGCCGCAGGGAGGUCUCGGACUACGGGGCUUACGCGGAGGAGCAGAGAGUGGAAAUUGUUCCUCGAGAUCUAAGGAUGAAAGACAAGUUUCUGAAACAUCUUACAGGUCCUCUUUAUUUCAGCCCAAAGUGCAGCAAACACUUCCACAGACUUUACCACAACACCCGAGACUGCACCAUCCCCACCUACUAUAAGAGAUGCGCCCGGCUUCUUACUCGGCUGGCUGUCAGUCCGAUGUGCAUGGAGGGAUAAGUUAAAGCAUCACUAUUUCCAAAGAUGAACCAGGCACAUCCUUGGAAAACCACCGCCAUCUACUCACAAGUGGGGAGACCAGAUGCCCAGCGUCCACAUCCACCGAAGAACCGCUCAGGCCACAGGCUUCCUGUCUCUGUGCCUGCGAGCUAACCGCCUGCUUCCCCACAGCGGUUCCCCAAAGACUGCUCUCCUGCAGAGACAGCUCCCCGGAGCGAAAAGUCGAGAGUAAUGGUACCCAGGAGCCUACGCUUCCGUGGAACUGCACCCGAGCGUGGACCUACCUCUGCACCGUCUCAGGACGGGCACACCAGGGCUUUCCCAACACAACACGGAGACCCACAUCGCACUGGUCACCGCCGUCGGUAACCAUGUUCACUUUGGUCAAGAAGUGGGUAGUUUAAAAUACAGAUACUUCUGCUAAAAUAAUUUUGUAACAUUUAAAAAAAGAUUAAUUUCUUCCAACUCCAGAAGUUCUAAACUGCAGUAGCAAAGUCUUAACUGGCUGGUGACGACGCAGACAGUCAAGGGUUUCUGUGUACCCUGACGUCCCGGAGGGCAGAGCACACAUCCUGCGUUAGCAGCAGGUUUUCCUUAAGUGGCGUAAGCUGCGUCCACAUACGUUUCUUCCGCCGUCCUAACACAUGAAGAUGUCACGACAAAGCUGCAGGGUAAGACUCCUCUUCCUACUCCAGACCAGAGCCUCAACUUCUUAAAGGCUAAGUCUGAAAGAAGUGGGUCUUUAGAGGGGUCCGAGCACAGGGACCCUCCACACUGUGGUCUCAGAGCAGAGCCCGAGCCCUUUGCUCCUUCUUGCUGAAACUCAUGACCUGAUCUCCUCGAGCCAAAGAGAAGCUGUAGCUUCGCAGCCAUCCUCCCACACAGCAGGAGAGCCUCCCAAACACACCCCUCACUACCUGGACUUGGCGCUCCAGUAAGUUACAAGCCUGAGCCCUGGAACACUUUCAGAGAAGCGGAGUUUUGAGUAAGAAGUAUCCAGCUCGCUCUACAAAAUGCAGCCUAUUCUGAGACCCAGGAUCACCCCACAUCAGCGUGGACUGAACUACCGAGGACUUGGCAGCAGACGCAUCAACACUGAGCACUGUUCUUCAGACCCUAGCAAGCAUCUCUUUUCGUUUGUGAUGAUUUCCAUCCCUUUAGCGCAGCAGGCCCGUGAGCACUGAGUUACUUUCCAGAAUAAAAUAGACACACAUUUUGGCACACAGGGAAACAUGCAGACUGCAAUUCCUCACAUCUAUGCACACAUUAUGUUACACGUAAUUGAAUGUAUAGGUCUUCCAGAAUCAAUAAGCAACUGUGAAUCAUUCU